AUGAGUAAUAAUCAAAAGAAUUUAGCUCUCCAAUAUUUAGAUCCAGAUUUUAACUAAGAAAGAAUAAAUUUAGAAAAUAUGUCAGGAAAGGAAAUUAAUAAAUAUGACACUCUUAGGAGACGUAUGGAGGCAGAAAUAGAAAUUAACAAUAAGCGUGUUAGCCAAUUCAAAGGCUAAUAUGUGACUAUAGGAUAAGAAAUAAUGUUAUACCACGUCUAUAGCAAUAGUUUUAUUAAAGCAACUCGUGAGAAAAGUGAUGAAGACUAGAAUUUAUUCCAUAUUAAAUUAACUCAAACCCCAUCCAGUUCUACUCAUUUUAUUAUACGUAUUAAUCCCUAUCUCAACUUUAAAAAAGAUGGUGAAAAAAUAGCAUAUGAUGAGUUAUUUUAUUUUGAGAACACUAAAUAUCAUACUGUAUUUUCUAUAUAGAGCUCAAAGGAUACUCAAAUUGUUGUAGGAUCAGCAACUAAUUUGGAAAAAUAAAAACUCCCAUAAAUUUGUAAAGUUCCAAUGCUUACUCUCAAUGGUGAAAUAUCUAAAAAAUAAAUGUAAGCAGAAGAGACUAGUGUCUAAGCAUAUAAAAAGCAAACUGAGUUGAUCUAUACUCCUACUCUUGAAUAAAUGGUAUAUUUUACCAAUUAUGGGGCAGGACAUAGAAAGGUAUAGAAGGAUAGGAUUGAUACAUUUUAAGCUGUGUUUAUUAAAAAAGCUCCUAUUCAAAACGCGUCUUUAUUAUAAACAGCAAAUAGUAAUAUAAAUUAAGCUAGCAUAAACAAUAAAGUACAAAAAAAGAAUUAAACUUAAUAAUCUCAUAUUUUGUAGGGAGAUUAUGUAAGGUUAAAGCACAUAUUAAGAUCAAGCAAAAAAACAACAGUUAUUCAUACAGAAUCGAAUGUUUGUGGUUAUGCUCCUAAAGUAUUUGCCGUAGUUAAAGAUGAUACUAAUUUAUAUGAUAAAGAAUCUCUAUGUGAUAUUUUUUAAAUAAUACCAGAAAAAGAAAGCGAUCUUGGAGUACCAAUAGAAUUUGAUAAUCUUGAUUAUGGCGAAACAACAAUACGUUUAAGACACCUCCUUACUGGUAAGUAUCUUAUGCUCAGCUAAAAGAAAAUGGAAUUAUCAAAUUCAAUGGAUGAUCAAUUAAUGGAAGGAAGAAAAAAUCUUGUUGAAAAUAGGAGAAAAAAGAAAAAUAAAGAGAAGAAAACAGAUUCUUAAGGCUUUGGAGAAAAUGGUGAUAUAAGAUUAUAAACAAAAGAAUCUUCUGUAGGAAGUGGCACUGGUAAAGAAGAAAUGCAAGAAUAUAUUGAUUAAUUCAAAGAAACAACAGAGUUUGUCUUAUAAAAUGCUGGAAGAGAUGAACCCUACUUAUUGACAACAACUACAUUUUAAAUAAAAAAUUCAGAUUAAAAUUAUGCUAAAAUAAGCGAAUAUGAUGUACCAUCUUAAGAAUUGGUAAUAACCUAGUAAGAUCAAGAGUAGAAAAAUGUUUAAAAAAAUAAACAAAAAAGUAGAUAGCAUAAUACAUAUCAAAGCUUACCAGGAGAAAUAUGCAGUGAAGAUUAUUUCUAAUCCUGGUUUAUUUAGAUGGAUACUCUCAAAAGAAAAUACUAUCCUCUUUAUUCAGAUGAUCAAGAAGGAGAUUUUUUUUAUUUUGAAUUAGUUAAUGAAUAAAUCAUAUCUGAUUUCAACACAUUAAAUUGUCAUCUGGAUCCUAUUAUACAAUUAUGUGAAGACACACCUAAGAAUAUAUUUUAAAAAGAAGUAAUUUUGUAGGCUAAAGAAAACAUAACAAUAUUAGGUCUUUGGUUAUGUGAUAUAAAACUAGAUAAUCUUAAAGAAAAGCCAAAACUUGAUUAAAUCAACUCCAUUCCUAUAGCCAGAAAGUAGAACAUUUUUAGAGAUAUUGGAAUCAUCGAUAUGUUAAUAAAAAUAAUUCUACAUACAUACAGAUUCGAAUACCUUUGUAUGGAUAACAUUUAAAACAAUGUUGAAAUAUAUUAAUUUGUUUAAACUGCUAUAGAUUUUCUGAUAAAAAUAAGCUAUAAGAAUUUUGUUAAUUCGAUGUAUAUAAUCUCUUGGUACAGUCUGUUUAAGAAAAUUAUUUUAGAUAGUGAAGUAAUUAUGGAGUUCAAAUUCGAUAAACUAGUUAAUUAAUUAUUCAAGGAAACUAAUAUCAAUGUGUCUUUUUAGGAUGAUUUGAGAUAAAUAGCAAACGAAAUAUCUUAUGAAGAUAUCAACUUAAAUGCUCUUAAUCUUCUAUUGAGCUUUUGCUAAUAUAAUCCAUACAGAAAAAAGCAAGAGCAUGAAGAAAUCAUAUAAUUUUUAUUUGAAAAUGAAAAAACAAGAAAAAACAUAUUCAGAGCAUUUAAAUUAGAUGAACAAGGAAAUGUAUAUUUAGAACUUGAAAAUGAAAAUAAUAGUAACAAUAAUUAGCUUGUUAAGCAUAUCAUAGACAAAGAUUUUUAGUUCAUUUCUAAAGAUCUCUAUCUUUAUAGUAUGCAAGUCGUUAAUUUGACUUCUGAGCUUUGUAAAGGGGGACCUUCUUUGAUUAUUGAUUAUAUAAAAAAAUAUUAUGAUUUUAAAGUUUGCAUGAAUGUUAUUGGCAAUGAUGAAAUCGCUUCUGCCUUCCGUGCUAUAUUUUUGAAUUUAUUUAAAGAAAGCUACUUAGUAAAUGACUUCAAGUAUACACUUGUAGAAGAUCUUCCUUCUUUAAUAAAAAUCAAAAGUAGUAUUGGAUUCUAAGGAACGUUGCUUGAAGGAAUGUUUAUGAAAUUUAGAGAUAGAAUUAAUUUAAAAUAUUUUUAUUAGCAAGGAGAAGAUGAUGAAAAUAACAGCAUUUAUGAUUAAAAUAUGAAUGAAAACAAAUCUAUCUUUCAAGAUAAAUCUCAUAUUAAUCUCAAAUUAAUAAUAGAUAAAUUUUUAUAGAGCUUCACAACAUUAUAUUUCAAAGAGCAAAAUGAGAGUAAGGAUUUUAAAUACGAAGUAAACGAGUUGGCUUCUUCAAUUCUAUCAUUAUGCCAUUUUAUAAUACAAAGAGGAUUCUAUACAAACACUGAAAUUAUUUAAUUAGAAAAAACUAUUUAUGAAAUAUUUUAAUAGGCUUACAUAUUCAGAAAAAUUAAAGUUAAUUACAAAGGCGCUCUUAAAAAUAAAAAAGUUGGGGGACUACUUGUGACAAAAAACAUUCAUAUACCAAUAGAAAUGGUAAGUUGGAUGUCUAUAGCUAUAAAUAUUCUUCAUUUCAUAGAAGAUCUCAGCUUGGAAGAGUUAGUAUAAAGACUUUUUUAAGAUAAUAAAUUUAAUAAAUACUUUGGUGAGGAUGAAGAAAAAGUUGCUUUAAAUAAUAAUAAAGAUGGAACUAAAAACUAAUAAUUUCUUUAAGAAAAAAAGGACAAGAUAGUUGACUUUUUUGAUUUAGAGUAAAGUCAAAGAAAUAUCAAAAAUAUAUUUGUAUUAUGCGAAAUGUUACUGCUUGAUAAUAUUGAGUUAAAAGGUAAAAUUGUAGAUACAAUUUACAAGCAAUUUUCAUAAAAAAAGAGAUAUUAUGAAUGCUUAAAUAACUGUAUCACUAUUGAUUUCAAUAAUGAAAGAAUAUAUUAAACCUUAAAUGAACUAUAUUACAUCAUUCAUUUUUGUAUGAUUGAUAUUUAAUUUUAAAAAUCAUAAGAAGUGUACAACAGUUCUUCUAAUAUUUCUAAAAUGUCUGAAGCUUUUACUGAUUUAAUAAGUUUUCUUUUUGAUGAGAAUCCUCCAGAUGAUCUAGUUGAGCUUGCAAGUUUAGAUUUAGAGGAUGGUGAUGUUCAAGCUAAUCAAGUAAAGCCUUCAAUUGAUACUCACUAGAGAGUUCAUGGUUUAUUUACAUUCUAAUAACCAAAAUCUGGAAGACUGAUUGGAACUUAAAAAACAAUAAAAGACAAUAAUUAACUAAACGGAAUAGAAUUAAACUAAAUAAAUUUAGAUGUUAAUCCUACAAGCAAAGAUUAUGUAGUACUCCCUUCAAGUGUAGCAAGUAACAAUCGCAUAGAUUAUGAAUCAAAUCCCGCUUUAAAUAAUGCAAACAGUAAAUAGAACAAAAGUAAUUAAAAUAGUCCAAAAAUUUAACCAUUUUAAUCAAAUAAUCCUACAAUUAAGGGUAUUUCAAAAUCUCCUAACAUUAGCAUUUAAGAAUCGAGAGAUAAUAAAAGAGAUCUCCAAAUUAAUGAAAAAUAUUUAUUUAGAGGAGAUAGUAACGUUAUGUAUAGCAUAUUGGACUAGCACUACAUAGAAAUAGCUUCUUUGUAUAAUAACUAAAGGCUUUUAAAAAAUAUGAAUUUUCAUAAACUAUUAAUUUAAAUAAUUACUUUGUUUGGUGAUAAACAUUUUGAUAAAGAACAAGAAAAUAGUAAAUAAAAAAGUAAUAUCAUUAAGAGUAGCUUAAUGGGCUUAAUUUAUUUUACUCUCCAGAACGAAGAGAAUUAAGAUUUGAUAUUGUAGCAUCAAGAUUAUCCAGAAGUUAUAAAGACUAUUUUUGGAUUAAAACAUGUAGAAGGCAUGCUUGAAUUAACCUUUAUUUUUAUUUCAUAAAUAUACAAAGACAACUACUCUAUCCUCUUGAGUUUAAAUAGUCAUUUUUCUAAGCAAGGAAAGUUUGUUUUAAAAUCUUUAUUUGUUAACUUUUUUGAUACAGCAAAUAAGAAUGAUAAAACCUAUUGCAUAUACUUUAUUUAGUUUUUAAAAUAUUUCUUUACAAUAAAUGGAAAGAAUAUUUAACAAAAUUAGACUUUGCUUUUUAAAAUUUUCUCAGAUGAAUCUAUUUCAAGUAAAUAGUAAAUUUAAUCUAUCAUAACUAAAGCAAUACAACAUAUUUGCAUUGAUCAUGAAAAUCCUAUGAAUAAGCUGGACAAUUUAAGUAAUAAUUAGAUACUUAGAGAAGAAGAUUAUGUUAUAAAAGUUCCAUAAGAGGCUAUUCUAAUUUAGUAAAUGCUUACUACUUUUAGGGAGCUUGCGAAAGGUUCAGGAUUAGCUGUCAAUACUUUUGUUAGAAUGUUCUUUUCUUUAUAAGAUAUAAGAACCAUUUUAAGCUAUUGCUCUUGGAUCCCUUCCCUUAAAAAAGAAGCCUUAGACUUCUUAGUUGAAGUUUAUUUAAAUAGUAAGAAUAUAGAACCUAAUGAAUUUAGAGAAAUUUAAGUUUUGUUGAUUGAAAAUUUAUACCAAGAUCUGGUUGAUUAUUAAAAGUUUACUAGAUAAACUAACAGGAAUAGGCACAAUAUUAAAUGGAGAUGUAAGGGCGAUUCUUUAAACCUUUUUGAAAACAGAAAUCCCUAUGGUUCAAUAAGAUAUCUUAUAACUAUGAAUUAUCUCUAUGGAUAUGAAUAUUAUAUACUUAAUUCUAUAAUUCCGUGCUUGCAAUCUUAUUUUAAUAAGCUAUCAGAUAUUCCUUCCGAUUAAUAGUUUUAAUUAGCUUCUUAAUUUGAGAGCAUAUGCAAGAGGCUAGAAAAAUAUUGGGAUAAUGAAGAAUAAAUUGCAAAAAAAAUGUAAGAUGGAGAAUUUGAAGAUUGUGAUGGAGGAUUGAUGGUAAAUUACGACAUAGAUUCUAAAGAGAAUAGUAAUGCUUAAAAUAGGUCUGAUGAUCAAAAAUCAGGCGGUUUGAUUUGGAAUUUCCCAAUUAACCAGUAAAGAAAAAACUCAGACGAUAGUCUACCAAUUCGUAAUAAAAGUCAAACUAGAAAAAUGUAUAGUAAAAAAGUCUCAGGCACAACAAUAGAAAAGAAAUAAAAAAAGACUGAUAUGAUUAAAGGAACAUUAUAAGUCCUAUCGAAUUUAACCAUAACAGAAAAGUAUAGAAAUAUCUAAAUGAAAUAAUAAAAUAUUCUUACUAAUUACAAUUAUGAGGCUGCUUUUGCUAUGGCAAGACAAAAUAGACCUGUUCCAUUUUUCUAGAAAUCAUUUAUUGAAAAUGAACAUGAGUUAGAGCUCGAAAAUUUGAUAUCUACACUUAUUGAAAUAAAAAUAUAAGAUUAAUAGAAAUUUAGAACACUAAUUUAAUCGUUUAUUGCUGUGCUUAGUUGUGAUACUAUAGAAACAAAUAUUCGAAUGAACUCUAUGAAAAUAUUGCGUAAAAUUUCUAACUACAAGUAAGAUUCCAAAGUCAACGAAAGUAUCUAGCACGAUUUGAUAUCUAUGGGUUUCUUAAAUUUCCUAUGUGAUAUUAUUAUUAUUGAAUAAGAUCCAUUGAUGAAACUUGAGUAUAUUAGAGGUUUGAUUGAUUUCAUGGAAGAGUCUAAUAGAGAUAUAUAAGAUUCUUUUUACUAAUAUUUGCUUAAUGACAAAGAUAACAGAUUUUUAUUAGAAGUUAAUUCAUUUUUAUAGCAAAAUUUUCACUCAUCAAAAAGCAAUCAAGGCUUGUUCGAAGAUAAAGGAUAACACUAAUAGCACUUUAAGCGUAUUUUAGUAUUAAAGUUUGAAAUUUGUAUGAGAUCUCUUGAGCUCUUGAGACUUUCUACUGAAAAUCACUACAGACCUAUGCAAGAUUUCUUAAGAGAAUAAAUAAAUCCAAAUGGCGAAAAGAAAUCUAAUAGUGUGAAUAUGAUAAAUCAACUAUCUUAAAUGUUUGAAAAAUAUAGAAAAGUAAUGUAAGAUGACGACCUAUAGUUAGGAAUUAAAAUUUUAGAUACUCUAAUUGAGUGGAUAUAAGGUCCUUGUGAAGAAAAUUAAUUAGCCUUAUGUCAUACUAACUUGCUUGAAAAUUUAGAAGAUAUGUAAUACGAUAUAAGCUAAAGAACAAAAAAGAAAGGAGAAUACUAAAAAUAUCGUUCAGAGUUCAACUAAAAAACCAUUUUGAUUUUAAGAUCACUUUUUGAAGGAAAUUUCAAUCCAUAUAUAACUAAAAAAGUAUCUAUGUAUGUUGACAUUAGUCUGAUGAUUGACACUAUUACUCAAAACUAUAAACUUUAUCAAGAAUACAUUAAAAAAAUUAGUAAUGUUCAUUAAGGCUUACUUGAGUGUAUGAAAAAUAAAAAUUUUAAAUUCUAAGGAGAAUUUGAUUAAUCUUAAUACAUAAGUUAAGAAACUCAUGUCUCUCCUUUAUCUGCCGAUGAGCUAAUUUAAAAAUAUGAAACUUCUUCUGUACUAUCUGCAAGUGUAACUUCAUCUUUUAUGGAAAGGUCUGCUACAAAUGCAAUGCUAAAUUCUGUUUAAGUAAAAAAAGAGAGAAAAUCAUCUACCAUAGAGAAUACUGAAUUAUAUGAAAAAGCAGAUAAUGUUAUCAGCGAAGCUUUUGAAAGGUAUCUGCUUGUGAAGAAUUUGAAAUUCUUAGAUCCCACAUUUAGCAAAAAAUACGAGGAAGUAUUGGAUUUUUAGUUGAAUAAGCUUACUAACCCAAAUCAUGAAGAUGUUAGAAAAGCGCUUAUUUUUAUGGAAGACAAUACUUGCUCGAUAGAGAUCAUAAAUCAGAAAAACUAAAUUUAAAAAGUUUAUUUCCGUAAUCCUCCUAUAACAUAGUAUCUUAGUACUAUAUCAAAAGACAGAUUUUAGGACAAAGUUUAAAGAGACGGUUCAACAGAAAAAAUAACUGGUUUACUCGCUGAAGAACCUAUAUUCUUGGAUGAAAUGUAACAUUUCUUGAAAUUAAAUGCUUUAGGAAUUUACUUCAAUUUAACAUACCUUUCAUGGGCAAGGAACUUUAAUUUGUCACUUGCCUUCCUCAUAAAUAUAUUUUUACUCAUCGAUGUCUUUUCUACAGAAACCAGGGGUAAAACAAUAGCGUCUAUAUUUUAAUACUUAAAUCUAGCUAUAAGUAUACUCGUUAUUAUAUUUUGGAUUAUCUUCGAGAUGCCUCUGGAAUUAAAACUUAUAAUGAGUCGAUAUGAAGAACUUUUAGAUGAAAUUAAAUAAAAAUAAAGAUCAGUUGGUAAAAAAAAGUUCAUCGAUUACAUAAAAUUAUCAUGGAAUAAAAUAAAAACCUCAUUAAAAAAAGUGUUUUUCAUGAUCAAAUAAGCCUCGUUGAAUUCUCACUUUGUUUAUUUGCUAAUAUACUUCUUUUUUUCAUUAGGUGGUAUAUUGUGGAAUGACUUAUUUUAUAGUUUACUUCUGCUUGAUAUCAUUGAGCGUUCUCUCGUCUUAUAAAAUGUCAUUAAAGCUGUCACUUAAAAUAUAAUACAAGUUGUAAUGACAGUUGUUUUGGAAAUUACACUGAUCUAUAUUUAUUCUAUGAUAGGAUAUUUUUCACCUACUUUAAAAGAGACAUUUUUAUAUUACGGUCCUGGAACAGAUGAGCAUUACAAUAUUUGUAAUAAUGCAAUAACUUGCUUUACUAUGUUUUUGAAUUAAGGAAUACGUGCUGGUGGUGGUAUAGCUGAUUAUCUCUACAAUCCUUCACAAGAUGACCCAACAUCAGAGUAUAUUUCAAGAUUCUUCUUUGACAUUUCUUUCAAAAUUAUUGUCAUUAUUAUCAUGCUUAACAUUCUCUUUGGUAUCAUUAUUGAUACUUUCGGCGAAUUGAGAGAAGAAAGAAACGAAAAAAUGUAAGAUAAAAAGAACAAAUGUUUUAUUUGUAAUAUUGAGAGAAGUCAAUUUGAAAAUAAUAGAAUCAACUUUUAAAAGCAUUUAACCAAGUAACACAAUACAUGGAACUAUUUCUUUUAUCUUAUUCACUUGCGUUUUAAGAACAUAAGUGAUUUUGAUGGAACAGAGAGCUAUGUUUAUGAAAAGUAUCGAAAACAAGAUAUAAGCUGGUUCCCCGUUGGUCAGUCUUUAAAAUUAUAAAAAGCUAUGAAUGAUGAUGAUUAAGAUAAAAAUGAAAUUUGA